UACACCAAACGAAAUAAGUAUUUGGAAUUCCCUAGGCCUUCCCUUCGCACUCGGACCCUCGGGCUGUCAUCAAGAAAUUUCCCGAUCUAGUUAACGGUUCGCAUGGAGAAAGGAGGGGUAGACUCUGUUGCGUCACACCAAAAUCAGCUCCCACUCACACCAGAUGAUAGCUGGAGGAGGGAAAAGGAGAAUAUAUAUACCCCAUAACCUACCCUUCAAGGUGCUCUUAAUCCACAUAAAAGACAAAAACAAUCAAACUAUCCUACUCCAGAUCCCCACCUAAAAUUACAUUUCACCCAAUCAAUCACUCAUAUCAAAAUGUCUACCCAAGGAGGAGGUUGUUUCUGCAACCAGGUUCGUUCUUGACAUAAUCGAAUAGGGACUGGGUGGGGAUUUGAUUGAUACGUUAAGAUUUAAAAUUUACUGAUAAUAUACAAUACACAUUAGAUCCGUCUCCAGUUCACCGGUGAACCAAAACUCCACGCUCUCUGCCACUGCGCCGAUUGCAAGAAAAUCUCCGGCGGAGAUUAUAGCAACAACAUUGUUGUAACAGAAGAUAACUUCAAACUUCUUAGCGGUUCGUCCUCCUUUUCCCUCUUGUUCCAAUCCUCUCGCUGUGUUAUACAGGUUGUGUGCGCCAGAGGCUGAUAGCAGAACUCCAGGCACACCAAAGAAAAUCUCUAAGAAAGCCGAUACGGGCAAGGAGAUCACCUCUCACUUCUGCGGCGGUUGCGGUACUACUUGUUAUCGUACCGGCGAAUCCUUCCCCGGACAAGUUAUUCUCAAAGCUGGUGUGUUGGAUAGUGACGAAUGGGUAAAUACACAUACUCCCGCCGUCGAGUUGUUCGCUCCGGAGAGAGUAAAGAUGCAUGGUGCUGUUGAGGGCGCAGCUCAACUUACUGCC